UCGAGAGUUAACGCCUCUUGACCUGGAACAGCGACUGCCUUAGCUGGAUUCCUAGGUCACGAUGGCGUGCUGCCAUAGAUUGAUUGAAAACAUAAACACGAAAAAAAAAACACCAGCGGGGAGGGGUUGCCCAGUCGACGUCUUCGACGAGGAGGAGGAGGAGGAGGAGGAGGAGGAGGAGGACGAGGAGGAGAAGGACGACGAGGAGGAGGAGGAGGAGGAGGACGACGAGGACGAGGGGAAGGAGGAGGAGGACGAGGACGAGGACCACGAAGAGGAGGUGGAGGAGGAGGAGAAGGAGGAGAAGGAGGAGGACGACGAGGAGGACGAGGAGGAGGACGACGAGGACGAGGAGAACAAGGAGGAGGAGGAGGAGGACAAUGACGAUGAGGAGCAGGAGGAGGAGGAGAGGCGGAGUGGAUGCCCAGUCGACGUCUUUGAAGAGGAGGAGAAGGACGAGGAGGAGGAGGAGGAGGAGGAGAAGAACAAGGAGGAGGAGGAGGAGGAGGAGGAGGAGGAGGAGGARGARGAGGAGGAGGAGAAGGAGGAGGAGGAGGAGGAGGAGGAGGAGGAGGAGGAGGAGGACGAGGAGGAGAGGCGCAGGGGGACGGCGUCACGGCAGCUUGAGACUCUAAAGGCAGAGCUCAAGAAGAAGGAAGAGGCUGCUAAGAAAGAGGCUAGGAGAAAGAUCUUAAUUGAAGACAUGCAGAAGAUCAUGGGCAGCGGUUCUACCAGUCAGCUCGCUGCAAUCGAGGCUGAGGAACAACGCCAGCUGGCAGUCAAGGCUGCCCAGCUACAGGCUGAUGAAGCGGCAACAACAGAGAAGCUGUGGCUACAGGCCGAAGCAGACGCAGAUGCCCAGGCUCGCCGCAAGGAAGCCCARGCUCUGCUGCAGCGGCAUGAAGCCAACAGCAUCGAGAAACUCAAGUACUGGCAUUUUGAACCGAACGGCGACAAGCCAACACCGGAAGAACAGCAAAAGGAGCUCAAGGCCAAGCUCGUGAGCAGGUUGGUUUACACAUGUAACCACCUACACUCCGAGCUGGCAAACCUUCAGCGGGCCGUGAGGGACCAUAAGAUUCAGCACGAGGAUGCCACACGGGCACUGGACGCCCGUGUACUGGACCUGGAACAGGCUGUACCAGGACCAGAUGCUGGAGCUUCCAGCAGUGCAUCCUCUAGCCGCCAACUGGAGGAACGCGUUGACCACGUAGUGGCAAUGCUAGGAGACAUAAGUGCCUUCACAGAGCCGGCCACCAUCAGCCAGCGGUUCCAGUUGCUGGACACUAAGAUCAGUCAGCAACAGCAGAUUGACCACAGCCACAACAACAGCUCGGCGAGGCCAUACAAGAUGUCGACGUUCCGGAUCGAGAAAUUUGAUGACUACACACAUCAAGACCCGGUCGUCUGGUGGCAAGGAUUUAGAACGGAGUUGGGGAUUCACGAAGUCCCUGACCAUCUGUUCAUCAGUGCUCUGUUCAUCAACACCAAGGGAGGAUGUCAGAUCUGGCUCAGCCACAUGGCAACCAUCCACGGCGUCCAGGUUUCAGACCUGUACAAGAAGGUCUCCUGGGAAGAUAUGACAAAGGAAUGGAAGAAGCGGUUCAUCGUCGACGACGCCCUGCCACUCGCCGUCAACCACAUCUUCACGAUGGCUAAAGGGAGCACACCGACAUGUGACUGGCUCACAGAUUGACAGAAAAUCGUGGCAACGCCCAAUU